AUGCCCGAAGGUCAUCAUUACGAAAAAGAAGAAUUGAACAAGGCUUAUAUUUUCACUAAUUACGACAAGAAUCAUAUUAGAGAUAUUAGCGAACUAGAAACCAAGAAUAAAAUCCCUGUUUACUUUACCGAACUAAAAAAAGAUAUUAAAAGGAUUUGUUUGGAAACAACUUAUCACCACCGAACCGAUUUUGAUAUUCUCAUUCUUCCAUUGUGGCAAAAAAUUUUUUUAGAAGUAAUGGAUCGAGAAUUUGGAACCAACUCUCAAUUGUCUAACGAAAAUAAAAAAAGUGUGGGAACAAGGAUUGACUUUUCUUGGACAAGGGUAAGCAAUCAAAUUAUUGUAGAUGCCGAAAUUACUAGUUUUGACAAUUUUGCCAAUGAAAUAAAAAGAAAAGGACAGAACUUCGAUUACCAUUUUUCCCGGUUAGAAGUGGAAAAACUCUAUAAUUCACUUUGUUUUCAAGAACUUAAAAAUCAAGGAGAUGAGGAAGCAAAAUAUAAUCCAGCAAGCUCAUGA